GAGUUGGGCGAUGGGUAUAAGGACAACCCAACCGCUACGUUACAAGCCAACGUAUCAGUUCUCAUUGGGCUGAAUGAUGCAUCCGGAACUUGGAAUUCUUCAUGGUACUUUGAGCCAGACUCGGAGAUUGUCGCUAUGGCUGGCGUUUCCAACGGGAGCCAGUUCUAUCGAUACAUGACUGUUGGUACUAAUAAGGGAGACAGAGUCGCAAUGGCUCCUGCUGAUUAUAUAGUGGCCGCACCCGGCGUUACCAUCAAGUAUGCUGUGUGCCAGCUCUAUGGGCCAGAUGAGUGCCUCGAUGGUCCACCACCUGCUUCUGCAAACAUGACAUUAGAAUGGGACAACAGCACUGCGUUUGGCGCCACUGCUAAUUAUAGAUGCGUACGGGGCUAUUUCAUGGACGAGACGACCCUACAAAAAGUGCAAACAGUCGAGUGUCGUGGCCACCUUGGAGGUUGGGUGGCUCCUGAAUACGAGCUGUUCAACUGUACAUUAGUGGAAGUUUGCAAUGAGUCGUCUUUGCCGUGUGCGGGCUCCCCACUCUUGGGACUCACAGUGUCUCCCGAUUUCCUGACGCUGGAUUCAUCCAUCGUCUACUCCUGCCCCCCCGGCAUGCAAAUGCCGGGCUUCUUGACCACGAUGAAUGCCUCUUGCACGGACGACACUUCCACGGAUCCCGUGACUUACAAGUUCUCGCCCUCAGCGAUAUCAGACUGCAACAUAUGUGCACAAGCAGUAAACGUUACGAAUGCUACAACUACAUGGGUACAAGGUACUAUAUAUACCGUCGGACAGAAGGUAAACGUCCAGUGCAUUCAAAAUCACCUCAUGAAGACAAUGUAUGGAACGGAGUAUAGCAACGUUACUAUAGCCUGUACGUAUUUUGGCUGGUGGCUUCCACCGGGAGGCCUCACAUGUGUACCAGCGUGUGCUGGUGAUCCCCCUGCACCCGGGGCUAAUAUGAGUAUUCCGACUAUAAAGGAGAGAGAGGUUGGAGCAAAUCUGAAAUAUUCCUGCGACGCAGGACUCUAUAUUCCAGCUGCGCUUCCGAACAUAACGAACCACACCACCAUCAGAUGUAAUGAAUCCCUCCUCUGGGAGCCCGUGUCGCUGGUGGUCGCUGACCUGUUGUGCACUCAAAUGUGUCUCAGUGAUCCAUUCAUGCCUGUCUCACCUGCAAAUACCACCUGGGAUCGAAUAGCCCGCGUUGCUGGAACUACGAUAAACAUAACAUGCCCGGAAGGUUUUGCAUUCCCUGACUUCAACAACACCAUAGUUUUGACCUGUGGGGUAGAUGGGAACUGGACGGAAGUGGUCCCCGAAAACGCCUUUUGCAGAAGAUAUACUAUGGAGGCACCGGUGACGCCAAAUGGCUCAGUUUAUGACGGCCCGUCGCCCCCUCACUGGGAGUCCACGAUACUUGAUUUCACCUGUCCCGAAAACCUCAUGUCCAGAGAUGGGCUGAACUCUACAUGGACAAUCUUCAAUGGCACCGUCUGGGAACCAUUUGACCCGGAGUUUGCUUGUCUCAAUGUAUGCGGAGACCCGAUACCUGCAGUUAGUCCGGUGGAUGAUGAUGAACUUUACUGAAAUGGGCGUUGAGGGAGACACGGCUAUCUACGAGUGCCUGGGGGGAUUUGAGGGAAGCGACGCCCCGAAUAUAACCUCUGUGUGCAAAGAUGGUAACUGGACGCUCGGAGUCAUCCCAGUCUGUAAAAUGUGCGGUCCUCCUCCCGCCAUCCCACUCCAAGGAUCCAGGGUAGGCUACGGCAUACCAAAGUACGGAGCAGUUGUGACCUACAAUUGUAACAGCGGGUAUUUUGAGACGGCAGAGAGGCAAGUCAACGUCACCUGCGUUGCCGGAAGUUGGAUCCCUGCGGAGGUCCCAGGUUGCAUAGGGGGUAAGUCGAAGAUUCUUGUAUUUCUGUUUGCAGUAUUCUUCACAGAUUCACCCGCAAUAACGUCUUGUAUCUUGAAUUGGAGAGCGAUUUAAGGAAUCGGCUGUGUUCUUCUUUUACAUCGAUCUUUUAUGUUAUGCACAUUAGAGCUGACAACAUUUUUUCUUUAUACUAUUCAUUUAAGAGUUCUUAA